AUGUGGGAAUCAAUGAAGCAUUUAGAGCUGGUAGCACUGCUCCUGGCACAAUUGCUGCUCAGCUCAGGGGCCAAUGCGCAAAAUUAUUGCGAUGCGGACUUGUGUCCAGCUGGCGGACCACAUGUCGCAUGCAACAACAACGGCCAAUUUGCCAGCGGCUGCAGUGGCGAGCAUGUCUCGCUGGACGCCUCCCAGCGCGCACUCAUACUUAGAUUACACAAUGAGCAACGCAAUCUGAUUGCUGGCGGGGGCCUGAGUGGCUUUCCCAGUGCCAGGCAAAUGGCGACAAUGUCCUGGGACGACACCUUGGCACAGCUGGCGCGAUACAAUGUGUUGCAGUGUCGCUUGGCGCACGAUCAAUGCCGCAACACCAAUACCUACCGCUAUUCGGGACAAAACCUGAGCGUACUCUAUACGCGCAGCGGCAGCAUAGCGGACUUUCUGCGCGAUCGCAUUCCGGCGUGGUUCAACGAGUAUCGCGAUGCCACCAGCGGCGACGUCGAGAACUAUCAGCCACGCAGUGGGCCCGCCAUUGGUCACUUCACAACAAUGGUAAACGAGCGAAACAAUCGCAUUGGCUGCGCCAGCGCACGCUACACAAGUUCCAGUGGCGAGAGUGGCACGCUGCUGGCCUGCAACUAUGCGGUGACCAAUGUCAUAAAUAAUCCCAUUUAUCGUGCUGGGAGCCCGGCCUCGGACUGUACACGUGGACGCAAUCCCAAUUACUCCAAUCUAUGCGCCACGGAUGAGUCAUAUAACCAUAACACCUGGUCGGGCUAAGCCCCAGCAAGCAGAGCCAUCCUCGUUACCUCGUUACUACCAUUUCUAUUUGUUUGUUACCCCUUUGCAUGUUUUUUUUUCUUUGUCCCAAAAAUAAAGUGUCCAAUUUCCUUUGUCCCAAG